GUCAUGGUGCCCCUGGAGAUCGUCCUCCUGAAGAAGGUGGGCUCCGGCUUCAGAGGGGUCAUCAAGCUGCUGGACUGGUACGAGCGGCCCGACGGCUAUCUGAUCAUCAUGGAGCGGCCCGAGCUGGUGAAGGACCUUUUCGACUUCAUCACGGAGAAGGGGGCCCUGGACGAGGAGACGGCCCGCGGGUUUUUCCGGCAGGUGCUGGAAGCGGUGCGCCACUGCUACGGCUGCGGCGUGGUGCACCGGGACAUCAAGGACGAGAACCUGCUGGUUGACCUCAGGACAGGCGAGCUGAAGCUGAUUGACUUCGGCUCAGGGGCCCUCCUCAAGGACACGGUCUAUACCGAUUUCGACGGAACGAGAGUAUACAGCCCUCCAGAGUGGAUCAGAUACCACAGAUACCAUGGGAGGUCAGCAACAGUAUGGUCUCUGGGAGUUCUGCUGUAUGAUAUGGUUUGCGGAGAUAUCCCUUUUGAGCAAGAUGAGGAAAUCUUGAGGGGACGACUAUACUUCAGGAGAAGAAUUUCACCUGAAUGUCAACAGCUGAUCAAAUGGUGCCUUUCACUGAGGCCUUCAGACAGACCAACACUUGAGCAAAUUUUUGACCAUCAAUGGAUGCACAAAUCCGAAGUAGUGAAGUCUGAGGACUGUGACAUAAGGCUACGGACUCUUGAUACUGAUGUAUCUAGCACAAGUUCAAGUAAUGAGAGUCUGUGAUUUACUAAGGACCUCGCACUGGGAGGGGAGCUACAAGCAGAAAGACCACAGUGCUGCUGCCAAUACGUAGGAGGGGCUAGAAAAAUACAUUCAUUAUUCUGUAGUUGAAUCUUUGUCUGCGGGACUUGAUUUUAUUUUCCCCCUUUACUGGUUUCUGCUUUGGAAUGAGAGAUUUCCUUUGGAAACGCUGAUGUUUGGGAGUUGCAGGCCAGUACUUAGUCAAAGACUGACCUUAUUAAGAAAGCAGUGACCUCUUGAAUACAUGGUAAACUUUUUUGCUCUCAUAGAGCCUGGACUAGAUUUUAUUUGCUUUUGAGUGCCUUUUUGAAAGCUGCUUCAGUGGGACUUUCUUUUUUGAGCUGUGUAUGUCCAAAGAAGAUCCAGUUCAUUAUAGGAAUUUGCUCCCUUUAGACUCAGUGCUGGAGGAAGCAGCUCCUAUGAUGCAUUGGAGAACAUGUUCGGUGAUUGAAUGAAGUAGUCCCAUCCACUGGUGAUGGAAUACUUGAACACAGACAUUUC